AUGAGAGCUGUGAAGACCGUGAUCUCGGCUGCCGGGAACCUCAAGCGAGAAAACCCCAGUAUGGAUGAGGAACUGAUAUGCCUCCGGGCCAUCCGAGAUGUGAAUGUGCCCAAGUUCCUGCAGGAGGACCUCAAGCUCUUCUCUGGGAUCGUAUCGGAUCUGUUCCCCACCAUCAAGGAGGAGGAGACUGACUACGGCAUCCUGGACAAGGCCAUUCGCAAGGCCUGUGAGAACAGCAACCUUAAGGAUGUAGACGGCUUCCUGACCAAGUGCAUCCAGCUCUACGAGACCACGGUGGUGCGGCACGGCCUCAUGCUCGUCGGGCCCACCGGUUCUGGCAAGAGCAACUGUUACAGAGUCCUGGCAGCCGCCAUGACCUUGCUGAAAGGACAGCCGUCUAUCAGUGGCGGCGUGUAUGAGGCCGUCAACUACUAUGUGCUGAACCCCAAGUCCAUCACGAUGGGCCAGCUGUAUGGAGAAUUUGACCUGCUCACCCAUGAGUGGACAGACGGGAUUUUCCCCUCCCUCAUCCGGGUGGGGGCCAUCGCCUCCGACACCAACAAGAAGUGGUACAUGUUCGACGGGCCGGUGGACGCUGUCUGGAUAGAGAACAUGAACACGGUGCUGGACGACAACAAGAAGCUGUGCCUCAGUUCUGGGGAGAUCAUCAAGCUCACAGAGGCGAUGACCAUGAUGUUCGAGGUGCAGGACCUGGCAGUGGCCUCCCCAGCCACAGUGUCCCGCUGUGGCAUGGUGUACCUGGAGCCCAGCAUCCUGGGGCUCAUGCCCUUUGUCGAGUGCUGGUUAAGGAGGCUCCCUGACUUAUUCAAGCCCUACGAGGAGCAGUUCAAGGCCCUCUUUGUCCGCUUCCUGGAGGGAUCCAUCACUUUCGUCCGGCACUCGGUAAGGGAGGUGAUCACCUCAACCAACAGCAACCUGACCCUGAGUCUCCUCAAGCUGCUAGACUGCUUCUUCAAGCCCUUUCUGCCGAAAGAGGGCCUCAGGAAGAUACCUGCUGAAAAGCUGAGUCGCAUCCCGGAGUUGAUUGAGCCCUGGUUCAUCUUCUCCCUGAUCUGGAGUGUGGGCGCCACAGGGGACAGUACCAGCCGCAUCAGCUUCAGCCACUGGCUCAGGAUCAAGAUGAAGAUAGAGAAUCUGACCAUGCACUUUCCGGAGGAGGGGCUGGUGUUCGAUUACAGGCUGGAGGACGCAGGCAUCAGCAGCACCAAUGACGAUGAGGACGAAGAUGAAGAGGGCAAGCAGGUGGCCUGGGUGAAGUGGAUGGACUCCUCGACUCCAUUCACCAUGAUGCCAGAUACCAACUACUGUAACAUCAUCGUGCCUACUAUGGACACAGUGCAGAUGUCCUACCUGCUGGACAUGCUACUCAUCAACCACAAGCCCGUGCUGUGCAUUGGGCCGACAGGCACGGGGAAGACCCUCACCAUCUCCGACAAGCUCCUCAAGAACCUGCCGCUAGAGUACAUCAGCCACUUCCUCACCUUCUCAGCCCGAACGUCAGCCAACCAAACCCAGGACCUCAUCGACAGCAAGCUGGACAAGAGGCGAAAGGGUGUGUUUGGGCCGCCCCUGGGGCGCAACUUCAUCUUCUUCAUCGAUGACCUGAAUAUGCCAGCCUUGGAGACAUAUGGCGCCCAGCCACCCAUCGAGCUGUUGCGCCAGUGGAUGGACCAUGGCGGCUGGUAUGACCGCAAGGUCAUUGGAGCCUUCAAGCACCUGGUGGACAUCAACUUUGUCUGUGCCAUGGGUCCCCCGGGUGGAGGCAGGAAUGCCAUCACCCCACGGCUGACACGCCACUUCAACUACCUGUCCUUUGCCGAGAUGGACGAGGUCAGCAAGAAGCGCAUCUUCUCCACCAUCCUGGGCAGUUGGAUGGAUGGACUCCUCGGAGAGAGAAGUUACCGGGAGCCCGUGCCUGGGGCCCCCACCAUCACCCACUUCACGGACCCCCUCGUGGAAGCCACCAUCAUGGUGUACUCCACCAUCACCUCCCAGCUGCUGCCCACCCCGGCCAAGUCCCACUACACCUUCAACCUCAGGGACCUCUCCAAGGUCUUCCAGGGCAUGCUCAUGGCCAACCCGGCUAAGGUCGAGGACGAGGUGCAGCUGCUGCGGCUAUGGUACCACGAGAGCUGCCGCGUGUUCCGCGACCGCCUGGUGAGCGACGAGGACCGAGGCUGGUUCGACAGGCUCCUGGAGAGCCGCAUGGAGCAGUGGGGGGUGACCUUCGUCGAGGUCUGUCCCUUCCAGCCCAUUCUCUACGGGGACUUCAUGUCGCCAGGCUCUGACGUCAAGUCCUAUGAGCUCAUCACCAACGAGAACAAGAUGAUGCAGGUGAUUGAGGAGUACAUGGAGGACUACAACCAGAUCAACACAGCCAAGCUGAAGCUGGUCCUCUUCAUGGAUGCCGUGAGCCACAUCUGCCGGAUUAGCCGCACCCUGCGCCAGGCACUAGGAAACGCGCUCCUGCUGGGCGUAGGGGGCAGCGGCCGCAGCUCCCUCACGCGGCUGGCCUCACACAUGGCCGAGUACGAGUGCUUCCAGAUCGAGCUAUCCAAGAACUACGGCAUGACUGAGUGGCGUGAAGAUGUCAAGAAGAUCUUGCUCAAGGCGGGCCUGCAUAGCCUGCCCAUCACCUUCUUGUUCUCCGACACUCAGAUCAAGAAUGAGUCUUUCCUGGAGGACAUCAACAAUGUCCUGAACUCGGGCGACAUUCCCAACCUCUAUAGCUCAGAUGAGCAGGACCAGAUUGUCAACACCAUGCGGCCCUACAUCCAGGAGCAGGGCCUGCAGCCCACCAAGGCCAACCUCAUGGCCGCCUACACUGGGCGUGUGCGCAGCAAUAUCCACGUGGUGCUGUGUAUGAGCCCCAUCGGAGAGGUCUUCCGAGCCCGUUUGAGGCAGUUCCCCUCCCUUGUCAACUGCUGUACCAUUGACUGGUUUAACGAAUGGCCGGCAGAGGCCCUGGAGUCUGUGGCUACCAUGUUCCUGAAUGAGAUCCCAGACCUGGAAGCCAACUCUGAAGUAAUUCGAGGACUGAUCCAGGUUUGCGUAUAUAUCCACCAGUCGGUGGCCAAGAAGUGUGUCGAGUACCUAGCCGAGCUGGCCCGUCACAACUACGUGACCCCCAAGAGCUACCUAGAGCUACUUAAUAUUUUCUCCAUCCUAAUUGGCCAGAAGAAACAGGAGCUGAAAACCGCCAAGAACCGCAUGAAGAGUGGUCUUGACAAGCUGCUGCGUACUUCCGAGGACGUGGCCAAGAUGCAGGAGGAGCUGGAGAUGAUGCGCCCCCUGCUGGAAGAGGCUGCCAAGGACACUGUGCUGACCAUGGAGCAGAUCAAGGUGGACACAACCAUUGCUCAGGAGACCCGGAAUUCGGUGCAAGCAGAGGAGGCCAAGGCCAAUGAGAAGGCCAGGAAGGCACAAGCUAUUGCUGACGAUGCCCAGAAGGAUCUGGAUGAGGCGCUGCCUGCCUUGGACGCAGCCCUGGCCAGCCUGCGCAACCUCAACAAGAAUGAUGUGACUGAGGUCCGGGCCAUGCAGCGGCCACCCCCAGGCGUGAAGCUGGUCAUAGAGGCUAUGUGCAUCAUGAAGGGCAUCAAGCCCAAGAAGGUGCCUGGAGAGAGGCCUGGCUCCAAGGUGGAUGACUACUGGGAGCCGGGCAAGGGGCUGCUGCAGGACCCUGGCCGCUUCCUCGAAGGCCUCUUCAAGUUUGACAAGGACAACAUCGGGGAGGCGGUGAUCAAAGCCAUCCAGCCGUACAUUGACAACGAGGAGUUCCAGCCGGCUGCGAUUGCCAAGGUAUCCAAGGCCUGCACCUCCAUCUGCCAGUGGGUACGCGCCAUGCACAAGUACCACUUCGUGGCCAAGGCAGUGGAGCCCAAGCGGCAAGCCCUGCGGGAGGCCCAGGACGACCUGGAGGUGACACAGAGGAUCCUGGAGGAGGCCAAGCAGCGCCUGCGUGAGGUGGAGGACGGCAUCACCACGAUGCAGACCAAGUACCGGGAAUGCAUCGCCAAGAAGGAGGAGCUGGAGCUGAAGUGCGAGCAGUGCGAGCAGCGGCUGGGCCGGGCGGACAAGCUCAUCAACGGGCUGUCGGAUGAGAAGGUGCGCUGGCAGGAGACCGUGGAGAACCUGGAGCAUAUGCUUGGCAACAUCUCUGGUGAUGUGCUGGUGGCCGCUGGCUUUGUGGCCUACCUGGGCCCCUUCACGGGCCAGUACCGCACAGUGCUCUAUGACCACUGGGUCAAGCAGCUCACAAGACACAAGGUCCCGCACACUUCAGAGCCCACACUCAUCGGGACGCUGGGAAACCCUGUGAAGAUCCGCUCGUGGCAGAUUGCUGGCCUCCCCAAUGACACACUGUCAGUGGAGAACGGGGUCAUCAACCAGUUCUCCCAGCGCUGGACCCACUUCAUUGACCCUCAGGGCCAGGCCAACAAAUGGAUCAAGAACAUGGAGAAGGACAGUGGGCUGGAUGUGUUCAAGCUGAGUGACCGAGACUUCCUGCGCAGCAUGGAAAAUGCCAUCCGCUUUGGCAAGCCCUGCCUUCUGGAGAAUGUGGGCGAGGAGCUGGACCCGGCCCUGGAGCCUGUGCUGCUCAAGCAGACAUACAAGCAGCAGGGGAACACAGUGCUGAAGCUGGGGGACACGGUGAUCCCCUACCAUGAGGACUUCAGGAUGUAUAUCACCACCAAGCUGCCCAACCCACACUACACACCUGAGAUCUCCACUAAACUCACCCUCAUCAACUUCACCCUGUCGCCCAGUGGCCUAGAGGACCAGCUGCUGAGCCAGGUAGUGGCCGAGGAGCGGCCAGACCUGGAGGAAGCUAAGAACCAGCUGAUUGUCAGUAAUGCCAAGAUGCGCCAGGAGCUGAAGGACAUCGAAGACCAGAUCCUGUACAGGCUCAGUUCCUCCGAAGGUAACCCUGUGGAUGACAUGGAGCUCAUCAAGGUGCUGGAGGCUUCCAAGAUGAAGGCUGCCGAGAUCCAGGCCAAAGUCAGGAUCGCAGAGCAGACGGAGAAGGACAUUGACCUCACGCGCAUGGAGUACAUUCCCGUGGCCGUCCGCACCCAGAUCCUUUUCUUCUGUGUGUCUGACCUGGCCAACGUGGACCCCAUGUACCAGUACUCCCUGGAGUGGUUUCUCAGCAUCUUCCUCUCGGGCAUCGCCAACUCGGAGAGGGCAGACAACCUGAAGAAGCGUAUCGCCAACAUCAACCGCCACCUGACCUACGACCUCUACAGCAAUGUCUGCCGCAGCCUCUUUGAGAAGCACAAGCUGAUGUUUGCCUUCCUGCUGUGUGUCCGCAUCAUGAUGAAUGAGGACAAGAUCGACCAGGGCGAGUGGCGCUACCUCCUGUCCGGAGGCUCCAUCCAGGUCAUGACUGAGAACCCGGCACCUGACUGGCUGUCCGACCGGGCCUGGCGAGAUAUCCUGGCACUCUCAAACCUGCCAACCUUCUCCUCUUUUGCCGAAGACUUCCCAAAGCACCUCUCAGAAUUCCAGUCCAUCUUCGACAGCCUCGAGCCCCACCGGGAGCCCUUGCCUGGCAUCUGGGAUAAGUACCUGGACCAGUUCCAGAAGCUGCUGGUUCUCCGCUGCCUGCGUGGGGACAAGGUUACCAAUGCCAUGCAGGAUUUCGUGGCCACCAACCUGGAGCCACGCUUCAUUGAGCCCCAGGCAGCCGACCUGUCAGUGGUGUUCAAAGACUCUGGCUCCACCACGCCCCUCAUCUUUGUGCUGUCACCUGGCACCGACCCUGCUGCCGACCUCUACAAGUUUGCCGAAGAAAUGAAGUUCUCCAAGAAGCUCUCUGCCAUCUCCCUGGGCCAGGGCCAGGGCCCUCGGGCAGAAGCCAUGAUGCGCAGCUCCAUAGAGAGGGGCAAGUGGGUCUUCUUCCAGAAUUGCCACCUGGCACCGAGCUGGAUGCCGGCCCUGGAGCGCCUCAUCGAGCACAUCAACCCCGAUAAGGUAAAAUCUGCCAAGACAAGGAGGGUAACCCAAAGGAAGCCAUCUUCAGGGCCUGUUUGCCGGCUAUGCCUUCGAGAACCUGGGGAUCCCGAAAAACUGGGGGAAUUUCUUCAGAAAGACAAUCUCAGCGUGCAUUAUUUUUGUCUUAUCCUAUCUAGCAAGCUGCCUCAGAGGGGCCAGUCCAACAGAGGUUUCCAUGGAUUCCUGCCUGAAGACAUCAAAAAGGAGGCAGCCCGGGCUUCUAGGAAGAUCUGCUUUGUGUGCAAGAAAAAGGGAGCUGCCAUCAACUGCCAGAAGGAUCAAUGCGUCAGAAACUUCCAUCUUCCUUGUGGCCAAGAAAGGGGUUGCCUUUCACAAUUUUUUGGAGAGUACAAAUCAUUUUGUGGAAAACAUCGCCCAACACAGGACAUCCAACGGGGGAAGGCAGGGGAGGAAAGCUGUGUCUUGUGUUGUGAAGACUUAUCCCAAGCAAGUGUUGAAAAUAUCCAGAGUCCAUGUUGUAGUCAAACUAUCUACCACCGCAAGUGCAUACAGAAGUAUGCCCACACAUCGGCAAAACAUUUCUUCAAAUGUCCCCAGUGUAACAAUCGAGAAGAGUUUCCUCAAGAAAUGCUAAGAAUGGGAAUACAUAUUCCAGACAGAGAUGCCGCCUGGGAGCUCGAGCCAGGGGCUUUCUCAGAGUUGUAUGAGCGCUAUCAACAUUGUGAUGCCCCCAUCUGUCUGUAUGAAGAAGGCAGAGACAGCUUUGAGGAAGAAGGGAGGUGGCGCCUCAUUCUGUGCGCUACCUGCGGAUCCCACGGAACCCACAGGGACUGCUCCUCUCUUAGAUCCAACAGUAAGAAGUGGGAGUGUGAGGAGUGUGCACCUUCUGCUGGAGCCACAGACUAUACACCUGAAAACUCAGGUGACAUCCCUUGUUGCAGCAGCACCUUCCACCCCGGGGGGCAUUUCUGCAGAAAUGCCAGCCUGGAAGAGAAUCCAGGCCCUUCUUGGACUGAUUGGCCAGGACCUUCCUUAUUAGAAAAGCCAGAGUCCUCUGGUGGCAGGAGGGGCCACUCCUGUCAGUCCAAGCGUGUCAAAAUCACUAAGAGCUGCAAAAAAUCCAAGUAACAGCUUUUGAGUAGUCGCUGCCAAGCACAUUUGGAUAUGAAGCUGUGCUCCUUCACCGGGUUUGAGGGAGGGAGCCCUUUGGGACUGUGAGGCAAGGAAAGAGGGCCAGCAGUGAGAGUAUGAACCAAGGAAAGAGAAGUCCCAGGGGAGCGUGAGGACAGAGCGGAGUCCAGAUGCCAACCUCGGAAUGUGUUAGCAGUUAUGAGCACGCCUCUGCUCUUUCUGCCUGAUCCCCCUCCUCUUCUCCCACCCUAAUCUGCUUCUCAUAUGCCUCUUCUUACUUCACCCACGUUUGUUAUUAUGCAAAUAAAGGUUUUCUCUCCA